AUGCAAAAACAUAACUACAAAGUCCUCGUCGUCGGCUCCGGCGCCAGGGAACACGCCAUCACCUGGAAACUCACCCACAGCCCACUCAUCUCCCACAUCUUCGUCGCCCCCGGGAACCACGGCACCGAACUCAUCGCUCUAUCUUCGCAACCACACCCCGUCCACGUCCAAAACGUCCCCCUCACAACCAACCAGCACAUCUGCGACUUCUCCAAACAACGCGCAAUCGCACCCCUCGCCAGCGGCCUCUCCGACCAACUCUCCAACCUCGGCAUCCCCUGCUUCGGCCCCUCCGCCGCCGCCGCCCGCAUCGAGUCCGACAAAGCCUUCGCCAAAGACCUCAUGACCCUCCACUCUAUCCCCACCCCCGCCUACCAGGUCUUCACCAACUGCUCCCAAGCACUCCAAUACCUAGACCACGCCUACUCCCACAACCGCCGCGUCGUCAUCAAGGCAUCCGGACUAGCCGCCGGCAAGGGCGUCGUCGUCCCCUCCACCCACCACGAAGCCACCCAAGCCGUCUCCGACAUGCUCGACCGCUAUCUGUCUCGCGUGUGUGGCUCCAAAAUCAUCAUCGAAGACUACCUCGAGGGCGACGAACUCUCCGUCCUCGCCUUCUGCGACGGACACACCGCCGUCUGCAUGCCCGCCGCCCAAGACCACAAACGAAUCUUCGACGGCAACCUCGGACCAAAUACCGGCGGCAUGGGCGCCUACGCUCCCACCCCACUCUGCGACGACCGCGUCUCCAAAGAAGCCCUAGAACGCGUCAUCCUCCCCGCUCUAAAAGGCCUCCGCCUACAAGGCUCCCCCUUCGUCGGCGUCCUCUUCGCUGGACUCAUCCUCACCCAACACGGCCUCUACUGCCUCGAAUUCAACUCGACCUCCUCCUCGCCACCCUCUCCUGCGUCCAAGGCACCCUCUCCUCCGACAAAAUCCACUUCCACCCCAACAAAUUCUGCUGCACCGUCGUCGCCUCCUCCCGCGGCUACCCCCAACGCCCAGAAACCGGACACCCCAUCACCGGACUAAACACCGCCCAAUCCUCCCCCCACGUCUCCAUCUUCCACGCCGGCACCAAACGCGACCUCACCCGCGUCCUCACCAACGGCGGACGCGUCCUCUGCGUCUCCGGCGUCUCCGACUCCCUCCAAGACGCCGUCCGCCUCUCUUACCAGUCACUCCACUCCAUCCACUUCGAAGGCAUGCACUAUCGCCGCGACAUCGCCGCCAAACAACUCCCCCCCCUCAAGGUCGCCGUCCUCGGCUCCACUCGCGGAUCCAGCCUCCAACCCAUCAUCGACUCCCUCGAGUCCAACGCCCUUCCCAUCACCCUCACCACCGUCAUCAGCAACCGGCAGGGCGCCCCCAUCCUCUCUCGCGCCAAGCACUACCGCCCCACCUACAUCCCCUCCAACCCCCAAUUCGAAGAACACGCCAUACGCGCCAUCUCCGACGCCGGCGGCGCCGACCUCAUCCUCUGCAUCGGCUUCAUGA